AUUCUGCGCAAUUCCAGCCUUUCCUCCCGGAAUUCUGCGCAAUUCCAGGCUUUCCUCACGGAAUUCUGCGCAAUCCCAGGCUUUCCACCGGGAAUUCUGCGCAAUUCCAGGUUUUUUUCCUCAUCCCGGAGCCCGGAAUCCCUCGGCCGUCAAUGAGGCAUCACCAUGCUGACCAGCAUCACCGACGGCUUCCUCUGCUGCCUGCUGGGCAAGGCCCCCAACGCCGUGGGGCCGCUGGACAGCGUUGAGUCCGGCGACGGCUUCACCUUCCUGGAGGUGAAACCCGGCCGCGUCCUGCGCGUCCGCCACGCCGUCCCCGAGCGCCCGGGACCCCCGGGACCCCCGGGAUCGCCGGGAGCCGCGGAGCGCGGCGCCGUGCGCUGCCAGCGCCGCAUCACGCUCUACCGCAACGGGCAGCUGCUGAUCGAGAACCUGGGCGAUGCCGGCGGCCCCGGCAGCCCCGGGAGCCCUCGGGCCGAGCCCGACGGCGAGCCGGGAGCACCGGAGCCCGGCGCCAAGGACGGCGCGGCCAAGCGCCGCAAGCGCAAGCCCAAGAGGGUGGUGACGGUGGACUGCGAGAAGCGCAUCACGAGCUGCAAGGGCACGCACGGGGACGUGGUGCUGUUCUUCAUCCACGGCGUCGGCGGCUCCUUGGACAUCUGGAAGGAGCAGCUGGAAUUCUUCUCCAAGCUGGGCUACGAGGUGGUGGCGCCGGAUUUGGCGGGGCACGGCGGCAGCUCCGCGCCGCCCGUGGCCGCCGCCUACACCUUCUACGCGCUGGCCGAGGACAUGAGGGCCGUGUUCAAGCGCUACGCCAAGAAAAGGAACAUCCUCAUCGGGCACUCCUACGGGGUGUCCUUCUGCACCUUCCUGGCGCACGAGUACCCGGAGCUGGUGCACAAGGUGAUCAUGAUCAACGGGGGCGGCCCCACGGCGCUGGAGCCCAGCCUGUGCUCCAUCUUCAACCUGCCCCCGUGCGUGCUGCACUGCCUGUCCCCCUGCCUGGCCUGGAGCUUCCUCAAGGCCGGCUUUGCCCGCCAAGGUGCCAAAGAGAAGCAGCUGCUGAAGGAGGGCAACGCCUUCAACGUCUCGUCCUUCGUGCUGCGGGCCACCAUGAGCGGCCAGUACUGGCCCGAGGGCGACGAGCUGUACCACGCCGAGCUGGCCGUGCCCGUGCUGCUGGUGCACGGCAUGCACGACAAGUUCGUGCCCAUCGAGGAGGACCAGAGGAUGGCAGAGAUCCUGCUGAUCGCCUUCCUGAAGGUGAUCGACGAGGGCAGCCACAUGGUGAUGCUGGAGUGCCCGGACACGGUGAACACGCUGCUGCACGAGUUCGUGCUCUGGGAGCCCGACACGCCCGCGGCCGACGGCGACGGCGACACCAAAUGAGGGCCCAGCGGCGACAGCGGCAGCUCCCGCGGGAGCCGCGCAGCGCGGAGCGGGCUCGGCCGCGGCCGCGGGCCCGCUUUGUGUCCCUGGGCCGAGCGAGGAGGCUCCCCCAGGCUGGGACGGCAGCGCCGGGAGACGGAGCGCGGCGAGUCCCCAGGGCCGGGGACAGCGGGGACACGGCUCGGCCGGUCCCCAACCUCCAGGGACAGCGGGGACACGGCUCGGCCGGUCCCCGAGCCCCGGACAUGUCACAGCCUGUCCCCAACCCCGGGGGACAGCGGGGACACGGCUCGGCCUGUCCCCAACCCCGGACAUGUCACAGCCUGUCCCCAACCCCGGGGGACAGCGGGGACACGGCUCGGCCUGUCCCCAACCUCCAGGGACAGCGGGGACAUGGCACGGCCAGUCCCGAACUCUGGACAUGUCACAGCCUGUCCCCAAGCCGGGGGGACAGCGGGGACACGGCUCGGCCUGUCCCCAACCCCGGGGGACAGCGGGGACAUGGCACGGCCAGUCCCGAACUCUGGACAUGUCACAGUUUGUCCCCAGUCCCGGACAUGUCACAGCCUGUCCCCAAGCCCGGGGGACACCGGGGACAUGUCACAGCCGGUCCCCAACCCCGGACAUGUCACAGUUGGUCCCCAAGCCCGGGGGACAGCGGGGACACGGCUCAGCCGGUCCGCGGCCACCCCCGGUCGCCACCCCCGGCGCUGCAGCGGCUCCAUCCCGGACUUUUUGUCGCCGUCGUUGCCAUUCCCGCACGCAGCGACAGCUCCGGGGACACCGAGAGGAGGCGGCGACACCGGGAGGACCCCGAGGGUCCCCGCGGGGAUUUUUGGGGCGGUUUUCAGGAGAAUCCAGAGGCUCCUCCGCGUUGGAACUUGGAUUUUGGGGGAUCCUUGUGGGGUUCGGCAGCUCCUGCUGGGAUGAGGAGGAGGAUGAGGAGGAUGAGGAUUCCCGGGAUGAUGGCACAGCGCCAUCCCGCGUGUCCCCGCUGCCACCAUCGCUUUUAGGGUCGCCACCAUCGCUUUUAGGGCAGAGCCCCUCGGGGCCGCCCCCGGGCCUUUCCCGCGGCUCCGUCCCGCCGGGAUGCAGCCCUGGAGCAGCGGGGGACGGCAGGACCCCGAUUCCCGGGGUUCCCGAGGUGAUUCCCGGUGUUGAUUCCCGGUGAUGAUUCCCGGCGAUGAUUCCCGGUGAUGAUUCCCGGUGUUGAUUCCCGGUGUUGAUUCCCGGCGUUCCCGGUGAUGAUUCCCGGUGAUGAUUCCCGGCGUUCCCGGUGUUGAUUCCCGGUGAUGAUUCCCGGCGUUCCCGGUGUUGAUUCCCGGGGUUCCCGGUGAUGAUUCCCGGUGUUGAUUCCCGGCGUUCCCGGUGUUGAUUCCCGGCGUUCCCGGUGAUGAUUCCCGGCGUUCCCGGUAAUUCCCGCCCGAUCCGCGGGAUCCCGGACCGGCCGAUCCCAGCCGAUCCCACCCCUCGCGUACAAAUGCCACCAUUCCCGGGAGCCGGGCACGACUGCAGGAGCCACCCGAGGGUGUCCCCGGUGCCACCCGCGGUGCCAGGAGGUGCCACCUGUCACCCCCCCCCCCUCCCUCCCCUCGCUUUUUCUCCCCCUCCCCAAAAUUCCCGAUAUUUAAACCAAAGAAGGCGCCGACCCCAUGGACACCUCGCCCCUGUCCCUGUCCCCACCCUGUCCCCUGCCCCACACGGGGCUGGCACCGCACCGAGGGGCUCAGGGGACCCCGAAAUGUCCCCACUGAUGUCCCCGGGGUGUCCCCUGUGCCAGCCCCGCCCGCUGCUGUCUCAUAAUGAGAAUUUUACCCCUCCCUGGCACCCCAAAACCGCCGCCAGCGCCCCCAGAAACGCCACAUCUGUCCCCUCCGGGAGCGUCACCCCUGUCACCGCUGCCACCACCGCUGCCACCACCGCUGCCACCACCGCUGCCAGCGCUGUGUCCGUGCCGUGGCACCAGUAAAGCCGUGCUGGAUCCCA